UCCAUCGGACGCGUUCGGUUCAAAUGCUCCAUGUCGCUCGCCCAUUCGACCAAAACAAAGUGCGAGUAGGAAAUCGGGCGUAUAUAUGUAAUAUAACCCUUAUCCGUUGACACUGAUCGAAUCGAAUAUAGAGUCAGAAAAACAUAAAGGCCAAAACGAUGACGGAGCAGUAAAGGCUUGCCUGAAAAUCUUUCGCAACGCUGCUGCUCGGUUAAGUACUGAGGAGAUGACAUGACGUAAAACCAGAUUCAGAAAGCUCAAGUUCACUGCCAAGCAGAGUAACUUAAAGAGUAAGCAAAGGAGGUGAGAGCGCGAAAGCUUGAGAUUGAGCUUGGAGCUUUUGCAACGGCACCCACAAAACGCCAGCCGUGAAAAUAAUAAUGAGUAACGAAACGUCGGCGAGCGAGACAACACCGCUGCGGCGGCCGGAAAACGAAACACCUGACCAUAAAGAACUGGCCCAAAGUAACAGCAACAGUAGGCAAACAACGGUUAAUAGCAACAACAAUAACUACAGUGAUUCGGUGCAAGUGCGUCUGCAGGAGCAGGACAGAGAUAGCGACAGCGAGCAACAACAACGAACUGCCACCAUCGCCAUGGAUACCAACAAAAGAAUCCUCUGCCGCGUGGGCUUGGAUGUUUUAAUCUUGCUCUGCGCUGGCUUUCCCAUACUGCUGUUUUUCCUGCUGGGCGAGCCGUACAAGCGGGGCUUCUUCUGCGAUGACGAGUCGCUGAAGCACCCGUUCCACGAAUCCACGGUCCGGAAUUGGAUGCUAUACUUCAUCGGAGCUGUGAUACCAGUCGGCGUGAUACUCAUCGUGGAGGUCAUCAUUUCACAGAACAAGGCCAAGCAGGAUAAUGGCAAUGCCACCAGUCGAAGGUACGUCUUCAUGAACUACGAACUGCCCGACUGGAUGAUCGAGUGCUACAAGAAGGUCGGCAUCUACGCCUUCGGCGCUGUGCUCAGCCAGCUGACCACGGAUAUAGCCAAGUACUCCAUUGGCCGACUGCGUCCCCAUUUCAUUGCGGUGUGCCAGCCCCUGAUGCCCGACGGCACCACCUGCGCCGAUGCCAUCAAUGCGGGGAAAUACAUCCAGGAGUUCACGUGCAAGGGAGUUGGAUCGUCGGCGCGCAUGCUCAAAGAGAUGCGCCUCUCCUUCCCCAGCGGCCACUCCAGCUUCACCUUCUUCGCCAUGGUCUAUCUGGCGCUCUACCUGCAGGCUCGCAUGACCUGGCGGGGCUCCAAGCUGCUGCGUCACCUUCUCCAGUUCCUGUUCAUCAUGGUGGCCUGGUACACAGCGCUAAGCCGCGUAUCGGACUACAAGCACCACUGGUCCGAUGUGCUGGCAGGAUCGCUUAUUGGCUCCAUAUGCGCCUUGGUCGUGGCCAACUAUGUCUCCGACUUGUUUCAAAAGCCCAACACGAAGCCCUAUUUGGCGCGUACAGUGCAAGACAUGCAUGCAUCGCCGGCCCAGGCCAUAACGAUUACUACAAACUAACCCGCAGAAGUGCAAAAUAGCAAUUACAAGUUCCACGAGCUGUAGUCGAACCAAGGACUCGACGUGCUUACGGAUUUCUUUAUGGGGACAGUGAAGCCU